AUGUUGUCUCGAAGUGUGCGGUGCCGGCGUCUGAGACUUCUGCGCUCAUUGCAUCAGCCGCGUGCGGGGCUAGCCACGGUCCCCAUACGCGAUGACCGUAUUGCUCAUUGGACGCAGGAGCUGGAGCGACAACAGGCUGCUCAGGAGCAGGCGCUUCAAGCCGCUUUGAGCCGAGCCGAGCCGCUAGAAUUGGCUGUGCAAUCUCCGACGGGAGAUACCUUCGCUUUUAGCGGCAUCGCAGGCGCCUCCACGUCCAUCGACGUGCUCAAACAGAUGCACGAGCUGGGACUGCCCAAGUUUAAAGCACUGGCAUCCAAGAACCAGGACACGGGCGAGAUCCUCGACCUGCGUGCGCCACUUCAGCCGGGAACGCUCCAAUUGCUCGACUUCUCGAGUGACGAAGGCAAGAGCGUUUUCUGGCACUCCUCGGCCCAUGUGCUUGGCCAAGCACUCGAAGACAAGUAUCAGGACAAAAUCCGACUGACUGAUGGCCCGCCACUUAAGGAAGGAGGUUUCUUCUACGAAAUGUUCUUGCAGGACGGACUUACAGUGUCCGAGACGGACUUCGACGAGCUUUCUCGCAGUAUUAAGAAGAUCGUCAAGGCCCGACAACCUUUCGAACGACUCCAGGUGACGCGUGAGUUCGCAGAUAAACUCUUCGCUUACUCGGACUUCAAAAGAGACAUGCUGCAUAAGAUUCCAGAGGGUGAGGCCAUCUCACUCUACCGCUGUGGCCCACUCAUCGACUUGUGUCGUGGUCCUCACGUCCCUCACACGGGAAUGCUGUCAUCUUUCGAGAUCACGAGAUGUGGAGCGUCCCACUGGGAAGGCAAGGAGUUGCUGCAGCGUGUGUACGCUAUCUCGUUCCCUAACAACACACAGCUUAAGGAGUGGCGUCAUCUGCAAGAAGAAGCCAAGAAGCGCGAUCACCGUCUCAUUGGUCGAGCUCAGCAGCUCUUCAUGUUCCACCCACUCAGUCCUGGCUCGUCCUUCUUCCUGCCCCACGGUACUCGAGUGUUCAACACACUGGCCGACUUUAUCCGCAGAGAAUACCGUCGUCGCGGAUACGACGAAGUCAUCACGCCGUUGAUUUUCAAGAAGGAACUAUGGGAGACGUCCGGUCACCUCCAGAACUACCAUGACGACAUGUUUAUGGUCUCUCAGGGUAUUGCCACGGACGACGCGUGUGAAGAGCAUGGACACACGCAUUCACACGGCGAAGAAGAGUACGAUCAGUUCGGAUUGAAGCCCAUGAACUGCCCCGGACACUGUUUGUUGUUCCGCGAGGCGAAGAAGUACUCGUACCGAGAACUUCCAGUGCGUCUCGCGGACUUCUCGGCGCUUCAUCGUAACGAGGCAUCUGGCGCUUUGACGGGCCUCACGCGCGUUCGACGCUUCCAUCAAGACGACGCUCACAUCUUCUGUACUGCUGCUCAAGUGCAGUCGGAGAUGUCGCUUGCUCUGGACUUUAUCAAGCACGUGUACGGUAUCUUCGACUUUAAGUUUAACCUACGUCUUUCGACACGUCCGGAGAAAUAUAUGGGCGACCUGGAGCUCUGGGAUGACGCGGAGGAUCAACUACGUUUGGCUCUGGAUGACUUUGGCCAGCCCUGGACGGUGAACGAAGGUGACGGUGCCUUCUACGGCCCCAAGAUCGAUAUCGUAGUGACGGAUGCUUUGCAGCGACAACAUCAAUGUGGCACGAUCCAACUGGACUUCCAACUGCCAAUAAACUUUGAGCUCGAGUACGACGGCGCUGAUGGUGAAGCUCACACGCCCAUCAUCAUCCAUCGCGCGGUCCUUGGGUCGAUUGAGCGCAUGAUGGCCAUCCUAAUCGAGCACACGGGUGGCAAGUGGCCUCUGUGGCUCAGUCCUCGACAAGUGGCGGUCUUGCCGAUUGCUGAGGCACAUCGUGAGUACGCAUAUGAAGUCGCGAGUACACUACAGAACGCUACUGCACGUGGUCUGUAUGUAGACGUGCAAGACGGCAGCAAGACACUGAACAAACGUAUACGCGAGGCUCAAGUGGCAGGCUACAACUACAUUCUCGUUGUAGGCGACAAGGAACAGGCGUCGGGAGAAGUCAACAUCCGCACACGGGACAACCAAGUGCAUGGCGCUAAGCCGCUUGGAGACUUUAUCGAUGACAUUACGGCUGCUAUCGAUCGUCUGGAGUAG